AUGUUAUUUUAUCUAAUUUAAAUUAUAAUACAAAUAAAUAAAGCUUAGUAAGAUUUACCACCAUGUAUUGAAUAAGAAAGUUUAAGUUAUUGCAUCAAUCAAUAAAAAUUGGCUCAUUAAGUUUACACUUGUUUCACUCAGAUAUAUCGUUUAUAAGAUGACUCUUAAGAAUAUUGGAUUACUUAUACUUAAUUUUAUUUGAUGGUUAAUAUAUUCUGUGCUCAAAAAGUGAUUGAGAAUAAACACAUCAUUCAAUUAUCUUUAUUAGAAGAUUUAAAUAAUCAUUAUGAAGUGAUGAUUUUAUAAAUGUAAUACAAUAAUUAAAUUAUAGAAAUUAAAAUUAAGAAAACUUAUAAAAUUUGAAAUAAAAUAUAAGGGAAAUAUAAAAUUAAGUUAAUAUAAGUUAUUCUUAGUUGAAAUAAAAUAAAACAAUCGUUGAUAAUUUGAUUGCGAAAUAACAAUAGUUGAAUCUUUAAAUAUAAGUUUAAUUCUAACAAUUCUAAUAAUAAUUUAAAUAAUUAAAUAAGGAAAAUUUAUCUUUAAUUAAACAAAAUACCAUGAUUAUUACUACCCUUAAAGAUUUUUUAUAAGAUAUCAUAUUAUAAAAGACAAAUUAUAAAAUACUAUUACAUAUUAUGGUAUUUAUCAUUCAUAAUGCCUUAACAAAUAAAAUAAAUAAUAAUAUAAAGAUUUUAUACAUUAUUUCACUUAAUAGUAGCAUAAUAUUGAAUAAUGAUUCCGAAAUUGUGUUUUUUCUUUUUAUAUUAUGUUAUUAGUUAAUCCUACAGAUAAAACAUAGAAAUAAAUAUAAAGAGGCUUACUAUUCUUUAUAAGAAUUAGAGUAUUUAAAAACUCCAAAUUUUAAGAAAAUGAUAAAAUAAUUAUAAAAUAUAUCAUGA